UCCUUCUCCCCCUUCGUCGUCCCUUUCCCUGAUCAGUUUUUGCCUUCAGUUCUCUCACAAUGGGUAAAGGAGGCUCUUUGAGCGAGGGCGUUCUUAAGAAGAUCAUCAUCUCCUACACCUACGUCGCCGUAUGGAUCUUCCUCAGCUUCACUGUCAUCGUCUACAACAAGUAUAUCCUCGACAGGAAGAUGUACAAUUGGCCUUACCCUGUUUCCCUCACCAUGAUCCACAUGGCCUUCUGUGCCUCCCUCGCCUUCCUCCUUGUUCGCGUCUUCAAGGUCGUCGAACCAAUCUCCAUGUCCCGCGACGUUUACCUCUCCUCCGUCGUCCCCAUCGGAGCACUCUACUCGCUUUCUCUCUGGCUCUCUAAUUCCGCUUACAUCUACCUCUCUGUCUCCUUCAUCCAAAUGCUCAAGGCCCUCAUGCCUGUCGCUGUUUAUUCCAUUGGUGUUCUCUUCAAGAAAGAAUCCUUCAAGAACGAAACCAUGGCCAACAUGGUCUCGAUCUCUCUCGGUGUCGGCAUUGCUGCUUAUGGAGAAGCCAGAUUUGAUACUUGGGGUGUGAUCCUUCAAUUGGGUGCCGUCGUUUUUGAAGCCACCAGGUUGGUAAUGAUCCAAAUCUUGCUUACCUCUAAAGGCAUCUCGCUGAAUCCCAUUACUUCUCUCUACUAUGUCGCGCCUUGUUGCUUGGUCUUCUUGUCUGUGCCUUGGAUCAUCGUGGAGUACCCUGUCUUGAGGGCGGCUUCUACCUUCAAUUUUGAUUUUGUGAUUUUUGGGACCAAUUCUUUGUGUGCAUUUGCUUUGAAUCUCGCCGUUUUCCUGCUCGUCGGUAAAACCUCUGCUUUAACGAUGAAUGUGGCCGGCGUGGUGAAAGACUGGCUUCUGAUUGCUUUCUCAUGGUCGGUUAUUAAGGACACUGUCACGUCCCUCAAUUUGUUUGGGUAUGGGCUUGCCUUUUUGGGUGUUGCCUAUUACAACCAUUCAAAACUGAAGGCCCUUAAGGCGAAGGAGACGCAGAAGAAGACUACACAAACUGAUGAGGAGGCAGGGAGGUUGCUGGAGGAGAGAGAAGGGGAUGGCAUGGGGAAGAGGAACGAACAGCAGAAUUAAUUUUAUGGCUAAUUUAGACAGAUUGAGAACGUAAAAGAGUACAGAAAUAAAAUGAGGAGGAAGAGCAGUCUCUAGUUUUUGAAUUGGAAGUAAAAAGGAACUUAGCGUACUCUGUUUUCUUUUUAGCAUACUCUGCUUAAAAUGCUAAUUCGGUAUGGCAUUCCAGGUCUUCAUGUUAAUCUGUUGCUUGGAUGUGUCCUAGACUAAGAGCUUCGAAUCCUUUUUGGUUUUUGUUUCUUGGUAUUUCACCCUGUAGUUUUAUGUUAUGUUCUUGUAGAAAUUCGAUUUCUGGAGUUUUUUUUUUCUAUCGUUUUGGCCAA